GGUGGGAGCAGCGAGUCGAGUCGAGCUGAGCCGAGAGUCCCCGCAGGAAUGCGUGAGAGGCGCCGUGCCUCUGACUGAGACUGACGUGCGGAAGAGGCAGGUCACGGCACUCGGAGCGAAACCCGACUAACUGGGAGGCAGCGAUGGCGCUUCGAGACGAGUUGUUGAAAGUUAUCUGGCAUGCGUUCACGGCCCUGGACGUCGACAAAUGCGGCAAGGUGUCGAAGUCUCAGCUGAAGGUCCUCUCGCACAGUCUGUGCACAGUAUUGCAAGUACCUCACAAUCCAGUGGCUUUGGAAAACCACUUUAAGGACGAUGAUGAAGGACCGGUUUCCAACCAGGGAUAUAUGCCGUAUUUGAACAGGUUUAUCUUGGAUAAGGUUCAACCAAACAGCUUUGAUAAAAGUGACUUUAACCGAAUGUGCUGGACUCUGUCUGUCAAGAAAAAUCUGAACUGCAACAACUUACUGAUCAGUGAUGAAGAUGCCUUCAAAGUGUGGUGUAUCUUCAAUUUCCUCUCAGAAGAUGUGUAUCCGCUGAUCAUAGUCCCAGAGGAGAUAGAGUACUUCUUCCGGAAGCUGACCGAGGCAAUGGGGAUUAAUUGGCAACAGGAGAACUUUGAAGAUUACAGAGCUCAACUUGGAGCCGAACGGAGCGGCCUUUCUGUUUGGGAAUUCAUCACACUAGUUGGCUCAGGGUUGUUCUUGAAGGGCAUGAACAGACAAACAUUGUCAAUGGCAAUCAAUGAAGUUUACUGUGAACUCAUCCUUGAUGUGAUAAAACAGGGGUUCAUGUGGAAAAAAGGACAUAAAAGAAAGAACUGGAAUGAGCGCUGGUUUAUACUGAAGCCUAAUUUAAUUUCGUAUUAUGUUGGUGAAGAUCUGGUGGAGAAGAAAGGAGACAUUGCACUAAAUUCUAAAUGUUAUGUGGAGUCCCUACCAGAUAAAGAUGGACGGAAAUGCCUGUUGCUGAUAAAAAGCUCUGAUAGGAGUUUUGAGAUCAGUGCAUCUGACAAAAAAAAGAAACAAGAAUGGAUCCAAGCUAUUCAAACAACCAUCAACCUACUGAAGGGUGAAAAGCUUCCUCCACACAUAGAAGGUCGUCAGAAACGGCGAGAGCUGCGGCAGAAACAACAAGCAGAGCAGGAAGAGAUAGCACAGAGAAUGAAAGAACUGCAGCUAGCAAAUGAAGACAAGCAACAAGAGUUGGAAAAAAUGCGUAAGGAACUGGAGGAGGCCGCAGGACAAGCUGCACUUGAGGAGCAGAAACGUCUGCAGACACAAAUGCAAUUGCAAGAUCGAUUCAGACAGGAGCUGGAGAGAGAAAAACAUAUCAGAGAGCAGAUGGAAAAGCAAGUGGCUCAGAAGUCUACCGAAUUGGAACAGUACUUGCAACGUGUCCGUGAGCUGGAGGACAUGUACCAGAAACUUGAGGAGGCCCUUGAAGAUGAACGGCAGGCUCGACUGGAUGAGGAAUCUGUCCGUAAACUUCAGGCCAGAUUACUGGAAGAGGAGUGCAGUAAACGACAGGAUUUGGAGAAGCUUCACUUACAGCAACAACAAACUAUCCAAAUGACUGAAGCAGAAAAGCAAGAACUACAAAAUGAACGAGCCAGAAAAGAUCAGGCACUGGAAAUAGCAAUGAAGCAACUGGAAGAGCUUGAGCAAGAGAGGAAGCAAGCUCUUGCACAAUAUGGGGAAGUGGCAAAAAAAUUAGAGUUGGCGACAAGUAAGACAAGGAACUGGAAGGACAAGGUGGCACAUCAUGAAGGGUUGCUCCGACUCAUACAGCCAGGUUCCAAGGGCCCUCAGCUGAUCACUAAUUGGGGACCGUCUGCCUUCACAAAGGCUGAGUUGGACCUCCGGGAAAAGAACUGGCAGAAACAAAAAAACGCAGCAGCGCAAUAAUACAUGUUAAAUAUUGGACUGUAUUUUGCCAGAUGCGUACUCUACUACACACUGGAAGAAAGUGCCAAGGACGUGUUCUUUGUGGAAGCAGUAGUGGUUUGACAUGAAGUAUUUUAUACUAAAGUGUUAAUAUUCUGUGUCCAACUACACAGCGAACAAAAGAGGAGGAUGGUCCAUUUGAAGUUCAUAUGUACUUUUACUGAAUGUCCUGAUUGCUUCAAAUAUUUUUAAAUUUUGAUUUCAACAUUCUGUAACGUUUGCAAUAGGUUUGAAAAUAUUUCUUUUUUGCUUGCCUCUUUGAUUGCAUUUACACUGGGAACUUGGAGCCAGGCGUGAUUCUGUUGGCUUAGUUGAGUAAUUUUAAAACAAGAUAAAAGUCAGAUUACAUUAUGGAUUUCAUUUAAGGAACUUUUAAAAAAAAAAUUACAUGGAGGCAUGAAAUGGGAAAUUCCUACAUCUUUAUAUGUAACUUUUCACUGGUCAGAUACUGUGCAAUCACAGUGCCAUGCCAUGAGUCGUUAAACCCUGAUGUAAUAUUCAGUUAGGUGCUUGAUAUUAUACUUAACUCAGCAGGAUCUCAAGAUAUGCUUACCAAGGUGAAAAGUUGUACAUGGGUAUUUGUAACCAUGUAUUCCUUACUUAACAGUAUGAUGCUUUCUAAAUCCUAAAAUAAUUAGUCUGUACUAGGAUUAAGUUCCCAUGUAUUUAACAUAGAUGUGUCAGUGAAAUGGUUAUUAAGAAAAUAAAGUAGAUUGAUGACAGUGAGUGCUCUAACCUGAGACACAAUUGAAAGUAUGUCAGAUUUUUUUUUCUUGACUGCACUAAGGAUGUGCAAAAUACUGCCCUCCAGUAAGAGUGCUGAAAUGUAGGUAGUUUAUACAGUGACUCAUUAUUAAGUUAGCUAAUUAAAAAGCAGAGUUUUAAGUUGGCUCUUAAAAUAGUGGAAGUGUCUUUCCUUUUGUCUAAAUGCAUAUUAGGAGUGAAUGCAAACUAAAUCUAUCUAUUUGCAGUUAAUUGCUUGUGUAUUUUAUGAAAAGAUAUAUUAUGAUUAUUGCAUAUUCCCUAAUUGAAUAGAUACCAUGGGCAGUUGAAGCAGUUGUAUUCUAUUUGCAUCCACCCAGAGUUCCUUGAUUUGGAUGUAUUUAUUUUAAGCAUUGUCUACCCUUCAACACUUCUGUCAUUAGGAUAAUUGAAUCGUAUGCACAUGAGUUCCACACUGCAGUGCCAAAGGACUUUUCACCAGCACCAAGUUAUUUUUACAGAUAUAAAUUUUAACUUAUCCUCACAUAGGAUAAAACCACCAUAAAGUGAAGAAAAAUAUUCAAUAAAAAUACUGAAAAAAUGGGCCACUUAUAGACAACAUCAUCUUGAAGAAAUCAAUGCUGGAAACGUCAAAGCAGCCGGUGGAGAAGGAAACUUCAUUAAUUGCAGAUUAAUUUUUCCACUAGGUCUCACAGAAGCUGUUGCUUUGUUGUAUUGAUUACAUUGAUGAAUUGUAUUGCCAGAAGGCACAUGAGAUGCUGAUACUGGUUAAUUUGCUUUGCUGUCGAGAUGAAUGGUAGUGCAGUAAGUCAAUUGAUGCAUGCCUUUGACUGGUAUAAAUGGGAUUUAAGGCACACUGAAAUAAUCCACAUGUUUAUCUUACUUAUAUCAAUCAGGAAGAAGUUCAGAUUGCAUCCAUCGUCCCUGCAUAAUUAGCCGAUCUCUUUCUAGUUGGUCACCUGCAUUGCUGUUUUGCAGAAGGAAAAAUUGCCCAGAACUCACAUUCCUGUUGAGCAUCUAUUAGAGAUGCAAUUCUGUCGGUCUUUAACAAGAGCAAAUUUUAGCAUGAUUUCCUGUUGCUUCCCCAACUCCUAAACUUACAUCUUCCCUAAUCCUUAGCAAGUCAGUGGUGUAGAAGUUCCAUCGCAUGGGAAAACAAUUUUUAGGUGCUGUGUGGUGCAAUAUUGAUUUAACUGCUCUGCCCACACAAUGCUGGAGGAACUCAGCAGGCCAGGCAGCAUCUAUGGAAAAAAGUACAGUGGAUGUUUCGGGCCAAAACCCUUCAGUGGUCCUGCUGAAGGGUUUCGGCCCGAAACAUCGACUGUACUCUUUUCCAUAGAUGCUGCCUGGCCUGCUGAGUGCCUCCAGCAUUUUGUGUGUGUGGCUCAGAUUUUCAACAUCUGCAGAUUUUCACUUGUUUGAGAUAUAAAAGUGCUUGAUUUUCCUAUCAUCAGAAAUGUACCGGAAUGAAGUCACUGUUCAAAUAAGGACGAUUUAUGCUCGAGCCAACCUAAAUUGAAGGGAGAAAAACUUCACUUUGGGAGUGUUCUGGAAUAUUUUCAGUAGAACCAACUCUUCUGUGGCUUUUCUUGCUAUUUAAAGAGACUACUGGUGUCAGGAGACUAGAAUGGUCACACUUCGAAGUUCUGCAGGCCAUUUAACCAUCUUAUAAGGUCUACAGGAGGAGUGUUUAUUUUUCCGGCAUUUAGUCUUUGUAGUAAUACCCUUGGCGGAACACAUUACUUAAGAUUGUUGUUAUGGUCACUCAUCAGUGCAUAAACAAGUUGUCCAAGCAAUAUGAAGAAAAUGACUUUAUCUAUUUUGAUUAUAACAGGGAUCUCCUCAGCCACUGGGAUCUGCACACAUUACUGGUCUUCCAUGAGUACAGUUGGCCAUUGAUGCCAUUUAUGUCCACAACAACUCCUCUGAAUAACUAAGACAUUGUGAAUAGGAAAAGGUUUUUGUUCCCUCAAUCUGCAGGUCUUCAUGGUCCCAAGAAUCCCAAGAAGAAUUUCCUCUUGGUGAAUGCCGUGUUUUUGGGGAACAUAAACAUGUUCUUCGCUGAUGGAUCUUUGUCAGAUAGUGGAAGUGCUGAGAGGGAUGGGUACGAAGGAACAAAGGUAGCCCUCAACCUCCCUGGCUGGAUUCUCAUACCAGUGUUCUCACCCACCAUAGUGAUUGAGGGCUAUGUGUGUACCAGGAUAGCAGUGAAAGUGAACUUGGUUUCCUUUAGACGUUACGCUGCUGCCUCUAUCAAUCCAAAGCCCACGGCAGUGUGAACCGAGCCAAUGUGGAAUCUUCUCAUUGUCUGCACAAUUUAACAACUAUUGACACCACUGAAGACAGAGGAAAAACAGUCCUAGAUGCCUGGAGUCUGAGGGUCACUGGGUAGAGCUUAAAGUUCAGUUGGAGCAAGAGGAACAGAAUAAAAUAGCAGCUACUGACAAAAAAAAAUGUUUAGUUGGCAUCUGUGGUCUCACCAGACAGGCACUGGCUGUUUGUGAUAUAUAAUUACCAUAAGGAGCAUGCGGAAUAUUUCCCCAAAGCGAACAAGUUGAAUCUCUACAUACUGUGUUCUUCAAUACCAAGAGACUGUACAAAUACUCAGUCAAAAGAGGAAAGCUAAAUGUAUCAAUGAAGCAAACUUUUCCAAUUACUUUAAAGUGCUUCAGUUUCUCUGUUGGAGUAAACUAGUGGACUGAUCACCAGGACAGGUCUAUGAGGCUCUUCUAACGGUGAAGCUAACCUGGCAGGUCCCCAGGUUUUCUCCAUGACACCAAGCAUAUGUUUUGAGCACAUUCUGCCUUUGAGUUAUUAUGGAAUUGUUUUCCUCUUCUCUGCUGCUUUUCUCUCUUCCAUGACCGCCAAAGUGUGUUUGCAGCUGCCUGGCAGCCGUACAGAAUGUGCUUAAAGGGCUGAUGCCUUUCUUUCAAUGCCCUGCAGAAAAGAGUCAGGGGAUGUGUGAAAUUUGCUGAGGCUUUAUCAUGAGGCAUUCAGGUCCCCGCAAGCCCUUGUUUUUGGGUAUAAACCACACACUUGCCAUUUCAGUGUUUUGUCGAUUUUGUGAUUCUUUGUAUGUGGGGAAACCCAGCCGUGUGAUAGCAGUGAAUAUGGCUGUGCUUAUGCAUAGCAAAAAUAAGUGACUCCCAAUUUCUAGGGAAUCCUGGAAAUAUUACACUUAGCAGACAGGACUCCCAAUACCCCAACCUCACUUUCAUCUUGCAUAACUGGUGGUCACCUUGAUACAUCACUUGCCCAUAGAGAUCUUUGAUACUGUACCUCAGAACAAGUAGAGACAUCAAGAAUGGAGAGUUAGGCAAUGUUUCUUGAUGCGGAGUAGGUGGUGGGCCUUGUGAACCUUGCCUUUUACAGUCAUUUCAAAACAUGCCUGAAGGAUUUUUAUUGAAGCCUCAGUGUGUGUACCUCUGUGUGCAAAGAGUCAUAGAUAUGAAUACAAUUACAUUCACAUAAGGUCACUGUGGAGAGGUGUCAAAGGAAAUUCAACAUGCUGGUUAUUUGAAUAAAUGUAGAAAAAUUAAGUGCAUAACUUUUGUAUCAGCUUACUGAAAAUGUGUUUUUGCUUGAGGUUACAGUAUUUUAUAACUAAUAAGAUUUUUUAGACUUUAAAAUUGAUCACUUUAGGUGAAUUUUUUUUUAACAUUGUGAGAGUUCUCUGUUCCAUUACUCAUUGUCUUUCACUAAAUCUUCCGUGAUUAGAACUGGAAUCCAAGUGUUCUGUGUAUUGUUCUUAGAUCAGCUGAAAUUAGAGUCUGUGUAAACACUCAUCUAAUAGUUAAAGAUAAAAAUAAGAACUGAUUUCUGCAUUUUGCUGUUAACAUGCUUGAAGUGCAUAACUGCAGACAAGCUGACACUUUUGCAACUAUUUUUAAAUGUAUCAAAGCCAUGGUUAGUUCAAAAAUAAAAUAAAGAUGUACA